AAUCAUCGCUAGUCAAUUCCCUUUUAAAGAUGGUACCUACAGGGUAUAUAAGUCAUUAAAUUUGCUUAAUAAACCCUGCCAGAUUAAACGAGGGCUCUACUCUCUGGUGUGAUCAAGUCACCGAAUUUUCACAAUAAUGGCACGUUAUCUAUCUCAAUCACGCAUCGAAGGGCCUGUAUGGCUUUCACCACAUGAGAAAACCAUCCUCCAGAGCUACAUCUCCAAAGCGGAACAGGAAAUCGAAAGCCUCGAUUCGCAAAUCGAGAAGCUGACGCGCGACAAGGACAUCCAAUUUGCUGUACGUGCUUCAGUCAAAAACAUCCUUUCCCCUGUCCGCCAAAUGCCUAAUGAGAUUCUCAGUAAAGUCUUUGAACUUGUCUGCUAUCCAGAUGAGGGCGAAUUCCACGCUGGGUUUGGUAUUGUUCGUAGGACCACAUCUCUCUCUCAGGUUUGCAUCGCUUGGAGACGGGCUGCUCACGAUACUCCGAGUAUAUGGUCGAGACUGUCUCUCUCGAUACCCUAUCAUCGGGACCUUAUCAAAGGAGGUGGGAAGUGGGUUGUGGAAUGGCUCCUUCGAAGCCAGGAACUUCCUCUAGAGUUUUAUCUGGACUUCCCAGAGAAUGAUGAGUCCUAUUGGCCCGAGGAAGAUGUAUCAAAACAACACCCGGAAAUUGAGCCUCUUAUAAAAGAGGUACACAGCUUGCUUAACCAUGUUCUGAGCCGUCCUCCCUUCCUGGAGCGAAUUCGAUUGCUCAAAUUGACCGGGUAUCCCUGUUUCUUCACCCCCUUAUUCGUUCUUGAACCCUUUUCGCUCUGCAGUCUGGAAAUGAUUUCCAUCAGGAUGACAAGGAACUUCGCUGAGAAUCACUGGCCAGUGGAUACCUUCUCGCUCGCAAAGAAUUUGCGUCAUGUCGAAAUUAUUGAUUUCUACCCGAAAUCUCAACUGGAAACGAUCAUGCUACCUGCGGACCAGUUGGUUAAAUUGAACAUUGCGGGGAUAAUUUACAGCUCGGAUUUUGAGCCAUUGGUGUAUACAGAUUUUCUCCGACGGUGUAUUUCCCUUGUGACCCUUGAGAUCAGUCCUCCAGCUAGCCUGGAAUUCAGGUCACCUCCUGCUCCGAUAUCUCUACUUGUGCUCAAAUCACUCCGCCUCACCUUUUUCUCCUCAUUCUAUGGAUUACAGGGUGUUAGUAGCCUGCUAAGGCUUCUCGUAGUUCCUCUCUUAGAAGACCUGACCUUCAGUCUACGACACGUUGGCUUCCAGGAGUUUGUCACAGGUAUCACUGCACUCCAGAAGAACUUGCCUACAUCAAACCUCAAAUCAUUAACACUCGAAAUGGGUUACAUGGCCAACGCUGAUCUGACACUAGUGCUAGCUCUCUUCCCUGCAAUCACCUCAUUCCGACUAUCUGACAUUGGAUUCGAUACGAAUCAUCUCUUCCAGGCAAUGACAUACAAGAAGAAUUUGAAUGACGAUUUUGUCUUAUUGCCGAAGAUUUCAAACCUCGAACUGGAAUAUCGAGAGAAAACAAGCUAUCCGUCCGAGCUGAUAUCCAUGAUGCUAUCGCGGGUAGAUGGACAUCAACCUCAGGAUGCAGGUUUCAUUGACGUCGCCAGAUUGCGGAGGGUGUGUAUACGACAAGCAAAAUUUUUGGAGAAAACUGACGAGGACCGGGCGCGCAUUGCGGAAGUACCUGUUUCCAUUGUUUACACUGAAUCUUGGGGCAGUUGACGCAGGAUUGCGAUGGUUUGUGAUCAAUGUACAUAUCUUAUCGCAGACAUAAUUGUAACAAGAAUGUCGGAAAAUAAUGUGCGAGCUAGAACAGAAUCAGAAGGAGGCAUUGGGAGGAGAGAAGGGUGAUGGGAAGUAAAGGGAAGGUGGAAGUAAAGGAAGCUAACGGAACGUAAUGGGCCAUUAUUUUUGACUAUUCACCGUUGCACGGCUUCACAACGUUUCAGUGACCUCUGAGCGUUUGCGUAUGCUGACACGAUAAACAUUUCCAACUGCUGACGGUGAAUCAUGACAGAGCUUGGGAGCAUUGGUU